UGACGUGACGAAGGAGUGGCAGAUUGAGGUGAUGAGUAAGCACUGACUAAGAGGAGGAGGAGGAGGAGGAGGAGACACAUCGUGGAAGCUUACGUAUGACUCUUCUUUGAGGCGUAUGAAAAAGAAUAAGGAGAAGGAGGAGGAGAAGGAGAAGGGCGGGGUAAGAAGCAAAGAGAAGAGAGGAAAAGAGAAGUGUAGGAGGAGAGUGGAGAGAGGAAAUGGGUUGGGCAGCCAGAGAGAGAGAGGGAGAGAGAGUAGGGCAGGAGGAGGAGGCAGGCAGCGGCGGGCGUGUCACACUCAGUCGAACUCAGUGAGCCUGCGCGCGGUGGCCGGUGAGGGUUGCCGUCUGUACCCGCUCCUGCCCGCCUCUCAUACCCUCUCCCUCGCCACACUCUCCUCUCUCAUUCUCUACUCUCACCCACGCGCCGCAGUACUCUACCUGUGUGUCACCUUUCUUUUUAUCUACCUGUGUAUUAUCUAUCUUUACAUUUCUUUUUCUCUAUCUUUGUAUAAUUUUUCUAUCUCUACCUUCUUUGCAUCAUCUUUUUCUCUACCUUCACGCUACCCUUCAUUCUCUACAUAUUCGUCAGCUUUCUACCGUCCACCCUUCUUUCUCUACCUCCUCCUUUCUAUUUCUUCUUCUCUACCUCAUCUUUUAAUCUCUCUCUUCCUUUUCUUCAUCACUUUUCAUUCUCUACCUCUCCGUCAUCUUUCCUUCUCUAACUCUACCUUUCUAUUUUUUCUCUACCUGUACGCGACUCUUACCUUUCUCUCUCUCUCUCUCUCUUGGAUGCUGGUUAUCACGUGUUCAGCAUCCUCAUCAUCGUCUUUAGCAGCAUCUCGUGAAGCGCUGAGAGGUGCUGAGCUACGGACUUAAUUUCGGUGGUGAUUCAAGAGUGUUCCGUGCGCCCCCCGCAGUGACUGCCCUGCCCCGCCCCGCCCAUUGCCCCCGGGGUGUUCCUUGCCCUAAACCCCCACUUGGACUGUUAGUGUGUGUGCACGGCGCGGGCUUGGGGCGGCUCGAAUGAGUGUGCGGCGCGACAACCGGUCCGCGGGGGGCUUGGUGACCCCCGGCGGCCCCCACGCCAAGCUGACCAACGACAGACACAACCACGAGCUGCUCAAGAGGCUGGCCACGCACGCCCCCAGGAAGCAGCCGCCGCCCGCCCACGCCACGCCGGGGAAGGGCCCGCCCGCCGAGGGUGUGGCCAGCCCCGGGGGGCGGGCGGGGCCGCGCGAGGUGGGGCGGGGGCGGGGUGAAGCGGGGCCCAGCAAGUCGCUCCUCCGCCCUACCUCCAGCUCGGCCAUGAAGGCGGCGGGCGGCGCCACCCCCGCCGCCCGCCGCCUGGACUCCAACAAGCGGCCCCGCCCACCCGCCGCCCGCAAGGCUGGCGCGGGUGACGCCCCCGCCCGCCGCAGCCAUGGCCGCGCGCCGCCUGCCGACAAGGAGGAGAAAGACUCCUCCGAGGACAAACUGCGGCAGGACAGCCUCCCCGAGACGCCCGACAAGGACCGCCGCGACGCCCCGACGCCCCCGCCCCCCGGCCCCGAAACGCCGGCACCCGUCACCAACGAGGCUCCUGCUAAAACCCCAACACUCCCUAGUCCCGCCCCCGCCUCCCCGCCCGCCCCGGCCCCGUCCACGCCCACACAGGGGCCGCAGCGCCGCCACCAGGACGCGGCUCAGUCCGGUGGUAAAGCGUGUGUUCGCCCCGCGGCCGGGCGUGGCGGCGGCGUGGGGUUGGAGACAGCGCCACCCCCCAGUCGUGAAGAGGUGCUGCGGGGCGUGCGGGCGCGGGUGGGGGGCGAGGUGCGGCGCGGUGGCGUGGACGCGGACAAGGACGUGUGCGAGGCGGCGGGGGAGGAGGACGAGGAGUUCUACCGCGUGCGGGUGCGGACGCGGCUGGUGACCUACGACAACAAUACGCUGGUCAUCAGGAACACCUCCAGGGGGGGAGCCUCGCCCCCCGAGGCGCCCCAGGAGUCACCCCCAGAGGCACGCCCCGAGGCGCCCCUCCAGGAACCACUCCCGGAGGCCGACGCCCACCAACACCCCCCUGCUGAGCCUCAGCAAGACCCCCAGACUGACCCUGACCCCCACGUGCAGCCCACGCCCACACCGCCCGCCCCCGCCCCCGCCCCCGAUUCACAGCCGGUGUUUCCCUCAGCCGUGGCAGACUCCCCAACUGGUAAAGAGGAGGCCCCGCACUCCCACGCCCACGCCGUCAUUCCCGCCGCGCCCCCCAGCCAGGCGGGGACGGCUGCGGGGGUGAAGCGCCGCCUGACGCUGCUGGUGAACCGCGGACGGAGCUUCCUGGCGGAGGUGUACAGCGCCACGCAGAGCCGCCUCGAGAACUAUGUCCGGCAGGAGGCCCCGCGCCCCGCCCCACGCCGCGCCCACGCCCUGUCCCAGCCGCUGCUGGUCGAGGUCAACCCCCUGUGGGUGGCCCAGCACCUCCCGCAGGCCCAGUGGGUGCCGGUGGAGGGGCGGGACCUGACUGGAGUCCCCUUCGCGGCCCCCUACACGGCUAUACCUGAAGGUGCUGCAGGAAGACGACGGAGGAAGAAAAAGAAGAAGGAGGCAGAUGAGGCGGGCGUGGCUGAGGAAGAGGCAGGAGGCAAUGUAGGCGUAGAUGAGGGCGUGGGUGCCGGCGUGGGCGUGCAGGUGGACGAGGAGUGGAUCAAGAAGAACAUUUUGUGCACGUGUAAAUGUCGCCAAGCCACCGAGGCUGGAGACGGCGAGGAGAAAGUAGAGGAGAAAGACACUCGCCCGAGGAAAGUACAGAAGCAUGGCGAAGAGCGGGAGGAAAGUGGCGUGGAGGAGGAGGAAAACAAUGAGGAGGUGGAAAAGGAGAAGGAAGAGGAGGAGGAGGAAAGAAAGAAAACAGAACAUGACAUAAAAGUGGACGAUGAAAAGAGCGAAGCAAAGGAAGAAGAGGAAGACAGAGACGUGGAACGAGUGACGGAAGAGAAAGAAGAAGAGAAGGAGGAGGAGGAGGAGGCUCUGUGCUACUGCUCCUGCCAUGAGGGGGAGGGGGGGGCGUCGCUCCCUUACCUGCCCACUCAGGUACAGGAACUGCUGGACGCUGACCACGCCAGGAUGUGGUGGACCAUCACGGGGAACUUCGGGAACAUCCUGCCCAUCGACUGGAGCAAGACCUACACGCGCCAGCAGUACCUCCCAGUGCUCAACCUCAACGAGAUGAAGGAGGGAUGCAGAGGGGGGGCGGAGGAGGGCGAGGGAGGGACGGAGAAGAACGCGGAGGAAGGCGAGGAGAGGGAGGAGGAGGAGGAGGAGGUGGCGCAAGACUUGGACCUCCACCACCUCAUCCUCAGCGGCCUCAGUUCGGAACCCGUCAAGAGUGCCGAAGAAGUGAUACAGGAGAUUGAUGAUAUUAUGCAGGAGGGGAGCAGCUCCGAGGACGAGGGCGUGGAGGAGAGCACAUCGUCAGGGGAGAACAUGCAGGACCCGCCCCCCCGGCCCUGCCCCCCACAUCUCUACCAUGACAAGCUGAAGAACAUGAGUGUGCCUGAGCUGAACGAGGCCCUGAUGGAGCUGGAGCUGGUCAUUCGCCAGUACUCGGAGACCCUCAUCACCCAGCUGGCUCUCCGGGACGAGCUGGAGUACGAGAAGGAACUCAAGAACUCCUUCAUCUCGCUCCUCCUUCAGGUCCAGAACAAGAGAAGGAACUUCAACGUUGAAAAGAAGAAGCAGAAGAAAGUUGGACCCAACGGCAUAGACCCCAAGUAUCUGACAACAGUGAUCCCCUACGACGUUGGCCACGGACCCCCGCACAACCCCACCCUGCAGAUCCUCAUCAAGAUCCUGACGGCCAUCAACGAGGACAGCCCCACCGUGCCGACGCUACUCACCGACUACAUCCUCAAAGUGUUGUGCCCCUCAUGAGUGAGUGCUGGCCGAGGCCCACCAGCGCUCCGCCCCACACUGGAGCCACACAUUCCGCACGCCCCCAAACACAGCAGUCCUGCCCAGCCUGAGUCAGCUGUACAUAAGUAGUGUGCUGUAUGAUGCAAGUUCAGGAGCCACCCACCCACCCACGUCUUGUUCCACUCCCAGCAGACAUGGGAACACUGAACCUACUUAAUAUGUCUCAAAAAGUUUCUGUAGUAAGGGUGUAACAGCUAGUCAUCUGUGCCAACGGCAUGUUUUAUCAUAGGAAGAAGUACUAAAUAAGAGUGAUAGCGAACUAGAGAUGGAUUUUUAUCAACACAGGUAAAGCCUAUUGCUCUAAACAAUUGAAAUGACUCUCCUAGUCAGAGCUCAAAGUAGUGUACUGGCAGGACCUGUGUAUAAUGUCUGAACACUCCACAACAUAAGGUUUUGUAUGCAUUUAAGGUGAAAUGGAUCACAAACAGCAAGCCACUCCCCUGAAGGCCACAUUAUAUGCAUCAUUGCUGGGAACUGUGAAGUAAUACUAGUAAUAUUAAGUGGUGAAUAGUAUCUAAAGCAGCUUUGUAUUGGACAACCAAAGAAUCUCCUUGUCAGUUUCAUAUCUUGAUUAUCAUUUGUCUGUUCACUCUCCACCCGGCGGCUGAGGAGUACCAUGUUAGCUGUACAGGACGUAACCAUGAACCAGUGUGUAGGAGUCUCUGCAACUUAAUAAUACUCUGUCUGUCACAAACUACCCUCCAGACUUACUCUAUGUAUAUAGUAUGAAGGAAAAUAACAGUUAUAUGCCAUGCUUUGAGUGCAAACGAUAUGCCAAUGGUUGUAUUUCGCUAAUUCUUAAAGCCCAAGUGCAAUUGCCGUAUUGUGUGUGUGUGUGUGUGUGUGUGUGAAUGCUUCUCUGUGCACUUGUGUGUAUGCACGAGCAAACAUGAGAGUCAGGGCAAGCAUGUGGCUUUACCUUCUGCAUGAGUAAGAUAACAAACCGAUGAAUCAUUUUGCUGCCAACACCCACAAGCUUUGACAUAAUACAUUUUGCCAGCCACGCGGUGAUUCCUGAGACUUUCUUCUCAGCUCGCCUGGCCCACUUCCUGCCGAGUAAGAUGAAGUGAGUGGCAGGAAUCUAAGUAUAUUAUCAGUGUCUCUCUGGAUGGAAGAAAAUGUCCCUUGAUAUCGGUACAAGAAUAUAUCAACAUGUAGAGCAGUAACAUGUAAUAGCUGUAACACAUAAUAUCCCUGAGACUUGGCUGAGGGAAUGAAUCAACAGGAGCACUUGCAGCUCUUGGUAUGGUAGAAGUUGAGGUCCUUGUUUAUCAUAGAGCGAGCCAAAGAACCUCAGUCCACAUGCAGCAGACCCUCUGUUUAACGCGAGUCAGGCACCAAUGAAAUUCAAGCAAAAUCGAGCUGUUAUUUCAAUGAGAUUUAUCAAUUUGGGACUGGUGUAACAUUUAAUCUUUUAGUGUGUGUGUGAAGGAGUCAGGUCAAGGGUGUAUUAUGAGGAAAUCCUUUAAAUGAAACAUGCUAAAUGGAGGGUCUACCGUACAUAAGAUGAGGAGAUUUGUAACAUCUCCCAGACCAUCAUCAGACACAGCAGCACUUGCAUGACCUCUAGUAAGUCUCUUAGAUGCCGGUAAUACUUCAGACUCUGCCCUCGGAGCGCCACUGACAAAUACUCAUCGUUCUUUCCUCUUUGUCACAACACAGCAUGUAAUGACUCUUCAUGCCAGAGAAGGCAGGUAAUACCCACACCUGUGAUUUUACCUGUCUGAGUGCGUGAUGAUAGUUGAUCACUUUAUAUUUUUUUCUCUUAUCCACAGUAAACAUUGCCAUGCGUUGAAAGCCCAAGACGUUCACACUGAGUGCAUCUAGCGUGUCCGUAGCGUUACUUUAAUUUGUAGAUGGCAACAUGUCUACACCUCAUGAGCCUCACUUACCAUGUCCAGCAUCUUUCCUCCCUUUUGUCGCAGAAACUGACCAGGAAUCCCACAGCAGGUAACACAAGUAUCGCAUUCACGACCCUCAAGGAAAAUGAAUAAAAAGUGCCAGCCAUAACACAAUGCUCCUUUAUGGUAGACUAGACACAAGACAUAUACAUAUAUCUCUCUAAUAAUGAAUAUUUAAACCUUUCUCCAGCAUAUUCCUUUGAUGUAGACGUGAUUUGUCACUGCCAUAAUCAUACAUAUAUAAAUAUACUAUAAUAUAUAUCUCUCUCCAACCCUUUGUGGGACUGGCAGGCAAAGACUGGCGGGGCGACCUUGGCACAGACUUGCUUCACCGAUACACAUCAGUUAUAUCAUAAAUCUCUAUAUUUGUAAGGAAUUCUGGGCAGUUUUGACCAAGUAGUCGUGUACAUAAUCUCUUGGUGUGUUCUGUAAGACUUGUAUGUGUGUGAGUGUGCGUGUCUGUGUGCACUUGCACACGUGUAUUUGCAUGUGUGUGUGUGUGUGUGUGUGUGUGUGUGUGUGUGUGUGUGUGCACUCACUCACAGUGCAGUGGCCCUAGCCUGUUUGGUUCACUUCCCUGUGUUGAAUAAAUAUAUUUAUUUUUGAGGACAUUUUUUUUAUUGAUUUUAAUAGCUGUGUAGAAUGAAUGGUAACUGUGUAUUUGGUUUUAAUCACACACGUGUGUAUGAAUUCAGCUUUUCUGACAUGUGUUGACAUUACAACUGUGAUGUUUAGUUCUGCAUUGUAUGGUAUUCUGAGUCCUUACAGUGUUAUUUUAAUGUAAAAAAGUAUUUAUGAAAUACAUUAUAUGUUCUUG